AUGUCCUCCACCGACUCCCCCAACAACAACACAACCACCACCACCUCGACCCUUAAAUCAUACGUCGACCAAGCAACCGGCAUGGUCCAACGCGCCGCUGGCUCCCUAACCGGCGACUCCUCCACCCAGUCCACCGGCUCUGCCACCCAAUCCCGCGGCGAAGCUGAACACAACGCCAGCCACAACAACUUCACCAAGCUUGGACCCGUUACCGCCGACCCUGCCACAGGCGCUGCGGCCACAGACCACCCGCAGCGCAGCAACGGCAGCUGGGACCAGACCGUCGGUUCUGCGAAGGAGUCCCUAGGCAAUCUGAUUGGAAAUGAGGGUCUGAGGAAGGCUGGGCAGGAGCAGAAUGCGGCUGGAAAGCAGGCCGAGGCGGAGGGCCAGGUGAGGGAUUGGAAGGAGGGUGUUGAGGGUAGGGCUAAGGGAGCUGUGGGCAAGGUCGCGGCUGCGGCGACGGGGGAUGAGGAGGAGGAGAGGAAGUGGAGGGAUGUGCAUGAUGAGGGGAAGGUUAGGGAGAGGGGGGUCGAGAGUGAGGUUCAGAAGAGGUAUUGA